UAUCCCUCCAAAUUUAUUUUAAAUUUAAAAAUGAGUGCUAGUGAUCGGUGGGUUAAUCAUAAUUUGCAAAGACAGAGGGAAUUAUUAGAAAAACAACGUCAACGAAGAUUACAAGCUAAUUUAACAAGUACAGUCUUCAAAACAAAUGAAAAUGGACAGAAUGAAAAUCAGAAUUUUCAAAUAAAUAAUUCAAAAGAUGUAUUUAAUUCCAAAACACAAUUAAAUUCAACAUUUACUACAACACCCUCCACAUCUCAAAAUAUAAAUAAUAUUGGAGGACGUCAAAUACAUUCGAGUGGAAGUCUCUAUUCUUUUGCUGGAAAUGAAAAUACUAUAAUAUCAUCAUCAACAACCACUAAUCAACAAUUAAUAAAUAACAAUAAUUCCUCAAAUCAAAAUUUUAAAAGUAACAAUUUCAUAUUAAAUAAACAACAGCAACAAUAUUCAUCUACCAGUACAUCAACAUCUUCAUUUUCAAGUACUCCAACACCAACAAGUAUAAUUGGUGAUGCAAAAAUAAUUACUGUUAAAGGUUUUACUCCACCUCAAACUAGAAAAUCAAGUUAUGUUAGUUCAUUUAGCUCUGAAGUUGAUGAGGAUGAUGGAGGAUUUCGAGGUUUAAAUAUUCAAAAAAGUGUUAGCGGUAGAAGUUCUGCCCAACAAUCGCAUUCAUCUACAACAGCUUUGGCAAGUAAAAGACCUUCAUGGAAUGAUGAUGGGGAGGAUGAAGUUGAUGAUGAUGAAGGUUCGAUACCAACAGAAAUUCUGAAUGAUGAACCUCUUGAAAUGUUGGAUGUUAAUGAAAAUUUAGAACAAUUUGUAAUGGAGCCUAUCAGAAAGAAUUGUACUUUAAAAUGUAGAAUUUCUAGAGAUAAAAGAGGAGUGGAUAAAGGAAUGUUUCCGACAUAUUAUUUACAUUUAGAAAAGAAUGAUGGGCGAAGGACAUUUUUAUUGGCUGCUAGAAGAAGAAAAAAAGCAACAACAGCUAAUUAUUUAAUUUCAAUUGACCCAACAGAUUUACGAAGAAAUGGACAAAGUUUUAUGGCUAAAGUUAGGUCAAAUGCAAUGGGUACAAUGUUUACAAUUUAUGAUAAUGGAGAAAAUCCUAAAAAGCCUUCAGCGGUUGGGGAAAGUAUUAGAAGAGAAUUGGCAGCUGUUAUUUAUGAAAAGAAUGUACUUGGAUUAAAAGGCCCAAGAAAGAUGACUAUUAUAAUGCCUGGAAUAUAUAUUGACCCAAAACAUAAUUAUUUACGUCCUUUAGCUGUUAGACCUAUUUCGGUAAUUAUUUAUUCAUUUAGAAAAAAGUAUUCUUUUAAGGAAAGAGAUUCAAUAUUAGAAAGAUAUAGAACUAAUAGAUUGGAUGAAAUGGUUGUUCUUAAUAAUAAACAGCCUGUUUGGAAUGAAGAAUCUCAAUCAUACGUAUUAAAUUUCCAUGGAAGAGUUACACAAGCUUCUGUUAAAAAUUUUCAAAUUGUCCAUUCAAUGCAUGGUGAAUAUGUAAUAAUGCAAUUUGGCCGACUUGACAAUGAGACUUUUACAAUGGAUGUUCGUUAUCCUUUAACACCUGUACAAGCAUUUGGAAUUGCAAUGACUAGCUUUCAUGGAAAAUUAGCAUGUGAAUGA